CAGCUGAUUUGUGGCUUACCAUGACCGAGUAGAGUUGAGUUUAAUACAAAUUUUUCAUAUUAUUUUUUAAGUUUUACUUCAAAGACACUAUUUUAUCAGUAUUUUAAAAUGUUGUUUAAAGUUUUUAUACAGAACUGCUCACUGAUUUAUUAUCAACGACAACGUGAGUUGUCGAAAUUAAGGAAAUAUGGCACAGUGUUUACCGGUGCCCUUGCUUUCUUUUCUGCAAAAAAGACUAUCGACACUUCACAAUUUAUGGCCUUACCUAUUACUAACCUGGAAAAGCUCUCUUCCUCGCCUGAGGACAUGAAAACAAAAGUGGAACUGAUGAUUUUAAAGGUGCAGUCAGAGGUUUGCAGGGCACUAGAGGCCGAAGAGGAUUGCAACAAAUUUAUCAUAGAUCGGUGGGAGCGAACAGAGGGUGGUGGCGGCAUAACAUGCGUCCUCCAAGACGGAAAAGUAUUUGAGAAAGCAGGAGUAAACAUCUCCGUGGUCUCUGGAAACUUACCUCCUGGAGCGGCGGCACAGAUGCGCUCCCGAGGCAAAAAAUUAGAAGGACAACAUUUACCUUUCUUUGCUGCAGGAAUAAGUGCAGUAAUACACCCGUGGAACCCGUUGGUGCCAACGAUUCACUUCAACUAUCGAUACUUCGAGGUUAAAAGUGGCGACGAGGUACAAUGGUGGUUUGGGGGUGGUACCGACUUAACCCCAUAUUAUUUGAACAAGGCGGAUGCCAUACAUUUCCAUAAGACGCUUAAAGAGGCCUGUGAUAAGCACGACAAAGGCUAUUACCCUAGGUUUAAGAAGUGGUGCGACGAUUACUUCAACAUUCCUCACAGGGGUGAAAGGAGAGGGAUCGGGGGCAUAUUUUUUGACGAUUUAGACACCCCUUCACAAGACGAGUGCUUCGCUUUCGUCACGGACUGUGCCAACGCCGUUAUUCCUUGUUAUAUUCCGCUGGUGCAACGCCACAAAAUCGCGACAUACACCAAGGUAGAGAGGGAGUGGCAACUGCUGCGACGCGGACGGUAUGUGGAAUUCAACUUGAUAUACGACAGGGGCACCAAGUUUGGUUUGUACACCCCUGGGGCUCGGUUCGAGAGCAUUUUGAUGUCCUUGCCGCUUUACGCUAAAUGGGAGUACAUGCAUAGUCCUCCAAGUGAAACACCUGAGGGUAAGCUUUUAGAGGUGUUGAAGAACCCGAAGGAUUGGGUCGACUGUACCUGCGAAGAUGAAAAAAAAGUCGAAGAUUUGUGAUUUACAAUUCUAUUCUUUUAAUGUUAUGAGUUUACACAUGUAAAUAUAUUUACAGAGUUGUAAUUAA